CCGUAUUUGCCAGUCGGUAAAAGCAUUCGCGAGCCACGAACGGCGAUUCCGCUUUAAAAAAAAAACAGUUUUCCCAAAUAAAAACCAAUAAAUUUUCGCAGCCCUGAUUUUUUGACGUGUUUAAUUUCCCGCGCGCGCUUAUUGACAGAUCGCGAAAUUUUUUUUUAUUGUCUACGGUUUUUGUGUGCCAAGUGUUGUGGACAGUUUGGUUCGUUUGUUUGUGUGUGUGGGAUUGCAGCUACUUAUUAGUUAUGUGAUAAGAUGGCGUAACAAAACGCAUCCAAGAUGGCCGCGGUUACUACCAACUUGCACCUACAGGAGUCGCGUAUAAAAAUCCAAGAAAGUGACGAUGAGCCCUAUUCACCCAACACCAGGGACACCACAAGUCCAGAUUACAACGACGAACAUAAACCCGAAGAGCGAAACAUACACACAUCCUCUUUCUCCAUUCAGAACGUGCUUAAGAAAGAACGUGAUAGCAACAGUCCAGAGGACGUAUUCUCAACGGACAAGUUGCUGCAAAACACACCGAAUUUCGAAGAAAACUCAAGAAAUUCAGCCAGUAUUAGUCCACAUCUAGACGAAGAUGAUAAAAUAAAUGACGCGAGAGCUGAAAUUAGUGUCGACGAUAAUUCUUGUUGUAGUGACGACACUGUGUUGUCUGUUGGCAAUGAAGCUCCUAUGUCCAGCUUCGAUGGCGACAAGUCGCAAGACGAGCAAGGGCUAACAUCUUUCAAACACAUACAGACGCAUUUAAAUGCAAUAUCACAGUUAAGUCAAAAUCUGAACAUGAACCAACCAUUGCUCUUACGACCUAGCCCAGUAACGCCGAACCCCUUGAUGUUUCUGAACCAACCGUUGAUAUUCCAAAAUCCGUUGAUGAAUCAGGAUUUGAAGUCAGGUGUUAAUGGAUUAAGAAUGGCUGUGCCCCAAUCUAAUCUGAACUCACACUAUGGACUAAAUUUCGGAGUACGAAAAUCGCAAACACAUGAAUUAAGGAAUACAAGGACAGAUGAGAAUAGGAGAUUAAAUUAUCCAAAAUCCCCAGAUGAGUCUAGGGAUUUUAUUAAUCAGAACUGUUUGAAGUUUAGCAUAGACAAUAUUUUGAAAGCGGACUUCGGGAGACGGAUCACGGAUCCGUUGAAUAAGCGGAAGAAUUUGAAGGUUAGACAGGAGAAUAAAGUUAAAGAGGCGUCAUUGACCGGUAGUGCAGCUAAACCUGACGUGGAAUCGAGGGUUCCUGAAGUGAAAGCGUCGGAGAAGGUCGGAGCAAUAGACCUGUCGAAAGGAGAUGAUAGCGGGAGCAACCAGAGUUCGACUACAGGAACGACGAGUGGUGAAGGCUCCAUGGUGUGGCCUGCAUGGGUUUACUGUACGAGGUACAGUGACCGGCCCAGUUCCGGACGAAGUAAGUACGGGUCGAGCUCACGGGGACAACGUCCUCGCACGAGACGACCCAAGAAGCCGCCUGGAGAACCAGGCAUCUCCAAUGACGAGAAACGACCCAGAACUGCCUUCUCUGGACCUCAACUGGCGAGACUCAAGCACGAGUUCGCCGAAAACCGUUACCUGACGGAGCGGCGGCGGCAGGCGCUGGCGGCGGAGCUGGGGCUGGCGGAGGCGCAGAUCAAGAUCUGGUUCCAGAACAAGCGGGCCAAGAUCAAGAAGGCCUCGGGCCAGAGGAACCCGCUGGCACUGCAGCUGAUGGCACAGGGACUGUACAAUCAUAGCACAGUGCCGCUGACCAGAGAAGAAGAGGAAUUAGAAAUGAAAGCGAGAGAAAGAGAACAGCAGAAUAGAUGCUAACUUCAUCAUUGUUUACUUGUCAUUGAUUUCCACGUCACGUUCACUGGACACGCUAUUUGAAUGAAUACACAUUUUAUUUGAAGAACUUGAAUAUUACAUAUUUGGAGAACAUACAGUCUAAAGCCGACUAUACACAUUACAUGACAUUAUCGCGAUGUAGUUGACCGAAUUUUAACGGAUUUGUUGUACAUUGCUGAUUUUUUUAAUUGCGGUAAAUUGAAGCUCUCAAACUACAUGCGCAAUGUACAUUUCGCGUCGGCAUCUAUCUGAUUUAGGCGAUAAUUUGUUGCCGGCGUUAAAGAACAAUUGUCUAACUGUUUAUGUGGUUAUUUAUCAUUUAUCUAUUUACGCAUAUAACAUUGAUAGUAUUAAUUAUUAUAUUCAGGCAGCGGGAUAUGUCAUAGCUGUGGAAAAAAAAAAGAUUCAUACCAGUUUUAGCGAUAUAUUUGUAUGAAUAACAUGGCCCAAACAUGUUGGAGAUUUAAAUUUGAGUGUAAUUGGUUUACUAAGUUCCCUAGUAGAGAUGUGUGGUUCCAGCUCUAGAAAAGCUAUGGCGAUGAAUAAAGAAUGACAUUCAGUCUAAAUUAAAAUAAAUAGGGCUAUUUUUUUUUAAUUUCAUCCUUACAUUUUCGAAUCAAUUUCGAAUUUGUAUUUUUGUUUCAACAAUUCGAGAUUUGUAUUUUUGUUUGUAAUGGAUAAACUCAAAGACUACUGAGCAGAUUUUCAUCAAAUUUGGCACAGAGAUAGACGAAACCUUCUGGAGUGACAGGCACCUUUAAUUAUGGUUUUACUCGAGCGAAGCCGGGACAUACUAGUCUAGUAAUCUCAAAAAUUGAAAGUCCCAAAGUUUACAUGACCGGAUGAGUAAUUUAUUUAAAUAGCUCGUCUAGUAUACGAUGAUAGAAGUCAUUAUUUUCAUUAUAACAGUUUCAUUGAACAUAAUCUGUAAAAAUGCAUUAAUAUUGUCUGCGUGUAAAUAUUUAACACUUCGAAACAAUAACACAAAAUAUUUGAAUUAAUAAAUAUUCAAUUACAAUCGUAAUUAUUAUUUCACCGCCUGUAAUAAUUAUAUAUAAAUAUAUCUAUAUUAAUUUAUAAUUAUGUGUCAUAAUUACUAUGUCACCGUGGUGGGUACCAAAGGUAAGGGUACCUUUAGAAUAGAAAAAUUAUUUAGAAAUUUGAUUUUUAAAGGCAUUUUUUGACGUUAAAUAUUCUUGAACUAGCGACCGAUCUCGGCUUUGCUCGGUGCACAUUUGACAUCAACACAAUAACUACUAAAUGUGACGUUUCACGAGAAAAAAAUACCUUAUGUAGGGCAGUCGCGUACGAUGUAAUUGCGUAUGCGCAUCAUCACUACUAGCAUAAAAUAGUCGCUUCCCGCUCUCUGUCCCUAUGUAUGCUUAGAUCUUUAAAACUACGCAACGGAUUUCGAUGCGGGUUUUUUAAUAGAUAGUGUGAUUCCUGAGGAAGGUUUAGAUAUACUAUAACUUAUUAUUGGUUUAAAUCGAGCGAAGCCAAGAUGGGUAGCUAGUAAAAUAAGUAAGAGACUUUCCUCCAUAAAGUAACAUUUCUCAGGGAACUUCACAAAUAACAUUGUUUAAUCUAAUUUUCACAGUUUGUGUGAUUCAAGAUGAAAUAUCGUAUUUAUUAAUGCGAUCAACAUUUUAUGACACAUUAUUAUAAAUUAUUAUUUUUAUGCGUUCAGAUUUGUAGACAAACAAGAUCUUCAAAGGACAAAACUUCUUUGACGUUCCGCAACUAAUAUUUUUUUGUGAGACAUAAUUUAUAUGUCAAUUUCAUAGAUUUAUUUUGAGCUAGAUACCGCAUGUCAUCAACGUGGAGUAGGUACCACACCGAGUUGCAAAAUGUGUAUUAGUCACAGUUGUGUUACGGUAACAUUGCCUUUUAGCAACUCAUAAAAAUUUGUCAACUUCACAAGUAUUCAAUGCUUAUGUGCAAUGUUUGACUUCAAUUCUUAAUUAAACAAAACAUUUUUAUUAUUUCUUGUUAAAGCGAGAUCCAAAUCUAAAUGAGAUUUCCAAAGACAAGAAAACAAGAUAUAGGAGAUGCCCAAAUCUAAAGUUUUUAUCGAAUUUUUUUUCUGGUAGUGAACGGCGUCAAUCACAGCUAAUGUUAUAAAUGCGAAAGUAAGUUUGUUUGUUACCUCUUCAUGCAUUAUGUACUUGACCGAUUGUUAUGAAAUUUGGUACACGGGUAGAAAAUAACCUGGAAUAACACAUAGGGUACUUUUUAUCCCGAAUUUCCCACGGGAGCGAAGCCCCGGGGCGCAGCAAGUAGGCUUAUAAAUAUAUUAUUAUUUUCAGUUCUCAUUCGAGUAACAAUACACUUUAGCUAUAGUGUUGUGAAUAUGCAGUUAUCUAUCAUAAUAUAAAUCUAUGGAAAAACUAUUUGUUCUUUUUUAAUUAUAAUUUGAUUACAUUGAACCGUUCAAACAAAAAUAAAACAUUAUGUGUUGAAAUUGUUGUCAUUUUAUAAAAAUAUUAAUAAAAGUAGUGUAACGAUUGUCCCACACGAAUUGUAAAAAUAUUCUAAUUUACAUUUACAACCUGUAAAUAUUAUAUUAAUUAGUUAUUAAUAAUUAUGUUAAGUUAUUUAUUGUGCAAUGUAGCAGUAUUAGAGAAUUGGGGUUUGUAAACAAUAUUAGACGGAAAAUAAAAACAAAAAUUAAAUUAAAUUAAUAUUAGUUAUAAUUUUUUUGUUUUUAUUUUGCUCUUCUAGACUGUUAUAAAUCCAUGGAAGUAAAAUAGCGAUUUAUAGAAGAAUCCUAAUUAAAGAAUCAGAAAA